AUGAGUUCUGACGAUCAAUUUACUUCGAUUCAGUGGGAUAGGGAAGAUUUGGCAAAGGAUCAGGUCGAUACAACAACAAAGGUAGAUCCAAUCACGGAGGAAUCCAAUUCUCAACCCAACUCCGAGGGCAAGGCGAGUGAUACAAUUGAAUCAAGGAUAGCAGGCGAUGUUGAAACGGAUGAUCAAAACGUAGCACCAGAGACUGAAGCCGAUAAUAUUCAUGAGUCCAACGGAGAUGAUCCUAGUGCCUCGUUAUUCAUUUCUAGUGGCAUUGGUGGUCAUUCAAAUCAAGAAUCAAAUCAGAAAGGUGACAACCAUGAAUCUCAACAUGAAGCUACUGGAGGUGAACUAGGGGCUGGUAAACAAUCUGGAAAUGAGGAAGCAUCUAUUACUGGGUCCAAACCUGUGGAUACAACGUUAUUUGACAAGUACAAGAUUGAAGUUUCUGCCACCCAUCCCAGUAGGGAUUUAGAUGCGUCGUCAAAACCAUUUAUUUCAUACUUGGUCACAACAACUACUGAUAACCCCAACAUACUCAAACUUAUCAAGGAGAAAAAAGUAGAUGGUGAUGAUGAGCAAUAUCGUACCUUUAGUGUACGUCGGAGAUAUGGAGACUUUCGUUAUUUGUAUGAGAGUUUAAGCAAUGAUUUCCCUACGGUUAUGAUCCCUCCUUUACCAUCAAAACUGAACAUAAAGUAUUUAACAGGGGACACUUUUAGUCAUGAAUUUGUACACAAGAGAUUGCAUUCAUUAGAUAGAUUUUUGCGAUUUAUUGUCCAGCACCGUGUAUUGUCCCAACUGUCCAUUUUCCAUUUAUUUAUCAGUGAUUCAAGUGAUUGGAAUACAUUCACAACAUCUUUGAAACUUAAAGAGUUGAAUGUUAAUGGGGAACAAGGUGGGUUGGUGAACAAGGUUGUCAAUGAAGAGUUAAUUACUGAAAAAUUGAUGAACUUUCUUACAUCCUCGAAACACAAGAAGGAAACCAAUCGGGAUAUAUUGGAAAUCAAUGACAAGUUGAAGAAAUUGUAUGAAAAUUUGCUCAAGUUGGAUCGCAUCUUCACAAAAUUGAAUAGAAAAAACCGUGAUUUAAAAAGCGAUUACGAACAGCUUCUGAAACAGAUUUUAAAGAUUUCAAACUUGCAAAAUGAUCAACGAGAGGAUACAGCUAUUACAUCCAAUUUCAAAAUAUUUGCUGAAGCACUUGAUUUCUUCCUGGAAUCAUGGGGCCUGUUGUAUACAUAUAUGGAUGAAUCGUUCUUAGUUCUGUUGAAGGAUUGUUCAAAAUACAUUAUUGGUCUUACAAACUUGAUUGAGUUGCUACAUAAUAAAAAGAUAGAUUUGCAAGUGUUGCAGGAUUACUUGAACAAGAGUAGAAAUGAAUUGGGAAAUGCAACUGGACACCACCAUCAACCAGGUCAUCAGACAAGUGGUAAUAGUGGUAUAGUGAGUAGUACAACUCAGUUGAUUAAAGAUACAAUAUCGACUUCAGCUACAUCGCAUAUAGGGUCUAGUGCUACUGACUCAAAAAUCCACAAAUUACAAGUCAAGGUACAAGAGUUGGAAAAUGAAAUUGAAUUACAAGCUAAGUUGAUUAACGAGUUCACUGAAAAGAUUAUCAACGAAGAGUACCCAAAUUGGGAACGGUUUAACAAGUUGGAGUUGAAGAAUUCUAUGCUUGGGUUGUGCGAUAAGCAGAUUGAUUUUUAUAAAGGAUUGGUUGAUAAUUGGAGUGAUGUUGAAUUGAAACUUUCGAAACGAUUAGAAGAGUUGAGUUGA